AUGCAGACUGCUUCUACAAACAUUCAUGAAAGACUGUGCAAUAUGUCCACCUGUGAAAUUUCCUUGCUACUAAAUAUUCUACAGUCAACUGUUAGUGAUAUUUUAACAAAGUGGAAGCAACUGGGAACAGCAGAAACUCAGCCACAAAGCAGUAGGCCACAUAAAAUGACAGAGCAGGGUCAACUCUUGCUGAGGUGCGCAGAAGUUGCAAACUGCAGAGUCAAUAAAGACCUCCAAACUUUGUGUGGCCUUCAGACUAGCACAACAGUGUGUAGAGAGCUUCGUGGAAUGGGUUUCCAUGACCGAACAGCUGCAUCCAACCAACAUGAUAGGUUGCCAUCUGUGCAAAAAGCAUCAGAUGCAGUGGUGUAAAGCACGCUGCCACUGGACACUAG